AUGGAAAAUCCUCAUCUAAAUGCACUAGAUAAAAUUCAGCGACCAUUUCUGAUUGGAGUAGCUGGUGGCACUGCUUCAGGGAAGAGCACAGUCUGCAGUAAGAUCAUGGAACAGUUAGGGCAGCAGUCUGUCUUGGAACAUAAUCGCAGAGUGACAAUCAUAAGUCAGGAUAGCUUUUACCGUGACCUCACACCAGAAGAGCACAAAAAGGCAUCGAGAGGAGAAUACAACUUUGAUCAUCCAGAUGCCUUUGAUGUGGAGCUUAUGCAUAAAACUCUUCUGGAUGUUAAAGCAGGCAGGAGAGUAGAACUACCAACGUAUGAUUAUGUAGCACAUAAAAGAACUUCAGAAGGAACUACAGUAAUUCACUGUGCUGAUGUUGUCUUGUUCGAAGGAAUUCUUGUUUUCUACUUUCCUGAAAUUCGUGAUCUGUUCAAUAUGCGGCUUUUUGUUGACACAGAUCCGGAUACACGCCUUUCGCGCCGAGUCCUGCGUGACACAGAGGAGAGGGGAAGAGAACUGGAUCAGAUACUUAAUCAGUAUAUGACGCUUGUGAAACCAGCAUUUGAAGAAUUUUGCCUGCCAACGAAGAAGUAUGCCGAUGUUAUAAUACCCAGAGGUGCAGAUAAUGUUGUUGCUAUUGACUUGAUAGUUCAACACAUACAAGAGUUAAUGAGGCCAAACAGAACCAGUCGCAGGCAGAGAAAUAACUCGGACUCCAUUGUUGGAAGACCCCAUUAA